GCGGGAGCGAGGGGCCCCGGUGCUACCUUGCCUUCUCCUCCGUGACCUGCAGGGCAUUGCCUCGUCCGGCUGAGCACAGCGCGGCGUGCUCUGCCCGCCGAGAGAACCCCCAGAUACACAGACUGAGGUGUGCCUUUUACUGUAUUGGAACUGAAGCGCUAUGGAGCAGUACACGGCGAAUAGUAACAGUUCCACAGAGCAGAUCGUUGUGCAGGCUGGACAGAUUCAGCAGCAGCAGCAGGGUGGUGUCACUGCUGUCCAGUUGCAGACUGAGGCCCAGGUGGCAUCCGCCUCAGGCCAGCAAGUCCAGACCCUCCAGGUAGUCCAGGGUCAACCACUAAUGGUACAAGUAAGCGGAGGUCAGCUGAUCACAUCAACUGGCCAGCCGAUCAUGGUGCAGGCUGUGCCUGGGGGUCAGGGCCAGACAAUCAUGCAAGUCCCGGUUUCUGGAACACAGGGACUGCAGCAGAUUCAGUUGGUCCAGCCAGGUCAGAUUCAGAUUCAAGGUGGGCAGGCUGUGCAGGUACAGGGGCAGCAGGGCCAGACCCAGCAGAUCAUUAUACAGCAGCCACAGACUGCAGUUACUGCUGGCCAGACACAGACCCAGCAACAAAUAGCAGUUCAAGGACAACAGGUAGCACAAGCAGCUGAAGGCCAGACCAUAGUCUAUCAGCCAGUUAAUGCUGACGGAACCAUUCUCCAACAAGUUACAGUCCCUGUUACAGGCAUGAUCACCAUUCCAGCAGCCAGUUUGGCUGGAGCGCAAAUUGUCCAAACAGGAGCCAACACCAAUACAACCAGUAGUGGACAAGGGACUGUCACAGUGACACUGCCAGUUGCUGGAAAUGUUGUCAAUUCAGGUGGAAUGGUUAUGAUGGUACCUGGAGCUGGAUCAGUACCAGCUAUCCAGAGAAUACCUUUGCCUGGAGCAGAAAUGCUGGAAGAAGAGCCCCUCUAUGUAAAUGCCAAGCAGUAUCACCGGAUCCUUAAGAGGAGGCAGGCACGUGCUAAGCUUGAAGCAGAGGGAAAAAUUCCGAAAGAAAGAAGGAAAUACUUGCAUGAAUCUCGGCAUCGUCAUGCCAUGGCCAGGAAGCGGGGAGAAGGUGGACGUUUCUUCUCACCAAAGGAAAAAGACAGCCCUCAUAUGCAGGAUCCAACUCAGACCAAUGAAGAAGCAAUGACACAGAUGAUCAGAGUUUCCUAACCACUGCUUAAAGAAAAAAAAUAACUGAAUAGAAUUCCCGUCCCUUCUGCAAGUCUGUCCUACCUUUCCAGUGUAUCAAGCGAGUCUUUCAAUGGGACAAUCGCCAUAUCGCAGCCUAUCCUUUUCUACAGAACAAGCACCACGUUUUCAGUAUGUGGUCGAGAUUUUAACUGCAGUUGACUCAACAAAUAGACACUUAACGACUUUCUUGUUAUACUCUUCUGAUCCAGCACAGGGAUUUCAGAGUCUGACUGCUCAUGCCUUUUUUUUUUUUUCUUCUUUUAAACAUCUCUUGCAUUAAGAUUGGCCAUGGGUGAGAGUGUGCCACUGACUCAGUGAUCAGCAAUAACUCUGGCAUGCUGAAGCAGGGCCAGCAAAGACCUCUUGGAGUUACAGCCCUUCUGUACAGAGACAUAAUCCAAUUUAUAGCAACCAGCACUGACGUGGCUACACCACAGUACUUUGUUUUCCCAGCAGAGACUUGUUAUUUACAUCCAUUCCUUACACCUUUGGACUUUAUUGUCAACUGAACUGUUCCCUGUUGUUGCAUCUGCACUUCUGAAACUGGCAGAAACUGAAGGGGGGUUCUUUUAAGUUCCACCUCCUAAAAUAUGUAAACAGCAAGCUCUUCUCUGGGAAAAGUUCAGCCAUCCAGUCACACUGAUAGAACUAUUUCAAGAUUAUUACAGGACUUGAUAUAUUGUGUAUCCCUUCCAAGAAGUAAGACGGGAGAGGGUGAUGUGGGGAUAAGGAUUUAAUUAGUAAAAGCGAUCUCUGGGUGUUUUUUGGUAUGUUUAUUGCCAGUAGUCGUUGCUUUGGAAGAAAAAUGGAUGCUAGUAUAACAAGGAUUAAUACUUUUAAGUGAGUCUCUUCCAAAGCAUUUUUUUUUUUUUUAAAAUCUUCCUUCUAACCUGCCAGUCCAGUGCAUGGUUCCUCCAAAAGACAUAAAAUCUGCAAUCUCAGAGUGAUAGCACUUGACCAUCUUUGUGAUGGUGUUUCUUGAUGUCUGUUCUAAAUCAGUUCUACAAUUCUCUCAUUCUACACAGAGUGAGGGAUUGUUUCAUGACAGCAGAAGCAUAGGGCAACUCAGCUCAUCCUGAUGUAACUGAAGGGUUAAACAAAUGAAGGCAGAUAUUGAUGAACCUUUCAGGCUUUUUAUAGACUAUCCUCUUUAAAUAAAAUAAAAAAGUGGCACUUAAUGAAGGAGGAGUACUUACAUUUUUAAAAAAAGGAUUUUUUCAUGACCUAUAGCUGGCUUCUGGCUGAAUAUCUCGACAAAACAUAUCUUUAUCUUUAAUUCUGUAGCUCAUUACAGAUUUUAAGCUUGCUCCAUUCUUACUAAUUUGAAAUUUGGCGAUGGAAGCUGUAGUUCAUAAGCAUUUUAACAGGUGAUACUUGCAUCUUUCCGUGCCUGUCUCCUCCCAUCUUGAAUGAGUUUUACAGAUGCUUUGUGUAUCACCUGCGUGCUGUAGUCCCAUCUAUUCCAAUUUUUGUGUUCUGUAGUUAAAACAUAAAACUGCAUCAGAGCGGUUAAGCAUGGGAUUGGAAAUAUUGCCAGGCAUUGUCAUUGAGGGAGGUGAUUAUGAACCUGAAAAGGUAAAGUUGCAGAGGGUGAGGUGUUUUUGAAGAAAGCAGCCAAGGAUGGGCGAGACUGGUUUAAAUUCAGUGAACUCUGUUUUCAAGUGACAAAAAAGUAAAUGCAACUUGAAAAAUACAACCCACUAUGUUUUUCCCAUUUACUGAAAGCUUAUGACUAAAUGCAAAAUGGAAGGCAAAUUAGCAAGUUGUAGAAGAUUGGGAGGAUACAAAAAGGCAGAGCCUUGAAAAUUCUAUUUACUUUGGAUAAAAGAGAAAAAUACUACACCUAAGAGUAUGAGAAGAUGGGAAGGAAUGCAAGAGGAGGGAGCAGAAAUGCAGAGAAACGUUAGAUUCUAUAUUGCCAGCAGGCAGUCUUGGAGGAAGAGUAUGCCUGUCUAGAUACUAAGGAUGACAAUGUUUAGGUCAGCCACCUGUGGAGGUAUGUAGCCAGUGAAAGAACAAAGAAGAAAUGCAGAUUUGGUAUUUGUAGUUGGGCAGCUGGAUUUUCUAAAUGGAGUUUGGUUCAUUUUUCUAAAUUUUUAGUUCCAUGUACUUACCUUUACCACAGCUGACGUGGUGAACUGAAGCUGAGGAAGAAAAUGUUCGACACACAGUGACACCUGCAGCUAUGGGAGGAGGUGGCCUAGUUCUUGAUGUGCAAAUAAAUCUUCUUUCUUUCGAUUUUGUCUUAAAUUAUAUUAGGAAUCUAACGCUCUGCUCACAAAUCUUACAUUAGGAUUUUUUCCCAAUGAUUUAAAAGGCAUUUGUUUACCUCCAUUGCAUUGAUGGCAUCUUUGGUGCCUUUGGUUGCUUCAGCCUUAAAAUACUUGGCCAAUUAGAGCAUGGUGCUUAUUUUCUUCAGUUGGCGACUAUGAAAUCCUCACCUAGCAUUUCUUGUGAGGUCACCCAUUUCAGGAAAUAUAUAGCUCUCUUUUAGUGAAGUAAUAACAAAAAAAUUGCUUUAGUUGAAUUUGCAUCAUUAUUGUAAAUAUUUUUUUAGAGCAUCUGUACAUUUUGUCAGUGGAGUAUUCAUGUGCUGAAGGAAUAUUUCUGUGCUGGAGUAAGACAGCCUCUCCAUAACGUUUCUGCUCUUCAACUGACGGCUAAUCUCUGUCCUGGAGAACCCCCUCUGAGAGUUGGAAGUUAGGGAAGCAAGAUUAUUGCUCUGACAUAGGUAUUUUUUUUUAAUGAGUAAUUACUUCUUUUCUUAAAGAACUUGUAAACUUCUUCAAAACAGAACUUUUUUCCCAGUAAGCCCUUCAUAUAUAGGUUCUCUGAUCCGUUGUUGUAGAAUGUGUAUUAAGACCUAUGGAUUUGUGUUAUAUAGCAAGUCUUAUCGUUAAUACUUUAAAUAGUGAUGUGAAAGCCUGAGUGCUACUGUCAUAUUUUUCAUUUGCUUUGGGUUAUGUGUAUCACUUCUAAAAGUAGUGUUUGCUUGGUGAGAUUGGAGAUAACGGUCAACACCAUGUUACCAAAAAAGUCUGCUUUCUUUUCCUGGGUAAAUUUGUUAAAUUGGAGACGUCAUCAAGUUCAAACCUCCCUAGUAAUUAAAUAAGAAUUCUUUGUGGAUUGGCUACACUUGAGCAAAAACUCCACUUCAGGAGUGCAUAAAAGAGUGGAUGAGGCUGAAAGAAGAGGCUUGGAGAGAAACGUGGUCGAUUGACCCAGAGAGCACUGGAGCGGCGAACCGAUCAAAAACCAGUUUUAUGUGAGUGUAAAGACUGGGAUGUGGAAAAUGGUCCUCAAGUGAUGCUAAAUGGCUUUAAGGCCUUGCAUGUUAAAAAGAGGGGGGAAAAAAAGAAAAUCUUUUCUUUGUGAACAGGUGUGGGAGGGUACUGAGAUUAACGUAAUGUAAGGCAAAGUUUGUAUAUAGUUAAAAGUUUAUAAUUUUUUUUAUAUGAUGCAUUUUUUCAAGUGUAUUUUGGUCUUUAAUAGAUGCAAUUGUAAGUACUGUGUACACUAUCCAGCUAAUAAAAAUUUAUAA